AUGGGAUACAAUCGCUUACCUUCAUGGAAAGACUAUUGGUCUACUUCCCCUGAUUUGGGGGUAAAAGUUAUUGCUGAAUCAAUGCCCCGUGCUUUAUUUGAUAAGAUACUUGUAAAUCUACACUGUAAUGACAACACUACUCUGCCAGAGAACAAUAAAGAUAAACUAUUCAAAUUAAGGCCAAUGAUAGACAAAAUGAAUUCCGUUUUCAAACAGCAUUAUUUUGGGACAAGGGAAGUGAGUGUAGACGAAAGCAUGAUCAAGUUUAAAGGUAGAUCGUCACUAAAACAGUACAACCCAAUGAAACCGAUUAAAAGAGGAUAUAAACUGUGGUGCCUAGCUGACCAAAAAGGUUAUAUUAUGAAUUUCAAGGUUUAUCAAGGCAAAGAAGAAUUGGUGAAUUCUAGUUUUGAAAAAUAUGGACUUGGGGAACGUGUUGUUCUAGAACUCACACAACAUUUGUGGAAUCAAAACCGAGAGGUUUAUUUUGAUAAUUACUUUUCAUCUACAUUGUUAAUACAAAAGCUGAAAACUGAAAAAACACUGGGCUGUGGAACAAUUCGAAUAAAUCGAAAAGGGUUACCAUCAGAAAUGACAUCUGAUAAAACACUAAAUCGAGGUGACCACGAUUCAAAAUAUUUGUCAGAUGGAACUGCAUUUUUCAAGUGGAAGGACAGUAAGCCGGUACAUAUCAUUUCAAACUUCCAUGGAUCUGAAACGACAACUGUUACAAGGAAAGAAAGAAAUGGCACUUCAUAUCCAGUUCCGUGCCCUACAGCAGUUGCUGAUUAUAAUCGUUUCAUGGGUGGAGUAGAUUUGGCAGACCGAUUAAGGGCAUUGUAUAAUGUGGAAAGAAAAUCUCGUAAAUGGUGGCACCGAAUUUUUUUUGGUCUUAUAGACAUUAUGUUUGUAAACUCUUAUAUAGUUUAUUGUGAUUUAUUUGAAAAAAUAACUGUUGUGCAAUUUCGGAGAGCCGUUGCACAAGGGCUAUUAACAAAUAAACAACUAAAAAAAAACCAGUCACCACAAACUCCAAAAAACAUGAAACGACGCAAAAAUGCAUUUUCCAUGCCACGAGAUGUCAGAACAAGUAAUACAGGAGUUCAUUGGCCGGAGUUCAUAGAAAAAAGAGCAAGAUGUGAGGUGUGUAGUUCCAAAGGUGUGGAAUCCAGACCAUUUUCUAUUUGUAAUCAUUGUAAAGUACAUUUGUGUGUCAAUGACAAAAAAAAUUGUUUUGUCGAAUACCAUGAGAUGAAUUAA